CCAGAGCAACAAGCGGACAUUCAGCAGUAACACAAGAGGCCAGCAAGUUUUUCCCACAGUGAAGUGAAUUUCUGCAGCCACAAUGAUGACUCCUCUGCUGUUACUUACUCUGGUGUCUGUCUGCUGGGCUGAUUCUGAUUUUAGCCAGAACUCCACUGAGUCAAAAUACUUCAGGACGGUCUACAUUGCAGAUAAAGGAUCACGACUGGGCAUAAAGAUAGAACAGCCUAAAGUUGUCUCAUACCGAGGUAGCAAUGCCACUCUGCCCUGUAAAUUCUAUUACAAACCUGUGCCUGUGCGUGCAGUACAAGCCCCUCUUAAGGUCAGGAUCAAGUGGACCAAACUCACCUCAGAUUACCUCAAGGAAAUUGAUGUAUUUGUUUCAUUGGGAAACAACUGGAAAAGUUUUGGAAACUACCAAGGAAGAGUUUUUCGAGAAAAUGAGAAUGAUGCCUCUAUAACAAUAACAGAUUUAACAUUGGAGGACUACGGCAACUACAAAUGUGAAAUAAUUGAGGGACUGGACGAUGUCACCGGAACUGUGUUGCUGGAUCUUCAAGGUGUUGUGUUUCCAUACUUUCCACGACUGGGUCGCUACAAUCUGAAUUUUAUUGAGGCUCAGAAGGCUUGUGAAGAUCAGGAUGCAGUUGUUGCUUCAUUUGAGCAGCUUUAUGAUGAGUGGAGAGCGGGAAUGGACUGGUGUAAUGCAGGCUGGCUGAGUGAUGGAUCUGUGCAGUAUCCUAUCACCAAACCUAGGGAACCAUGUGGAGGGAGAAAUACGGUUCCUGGUAUCAGAAGCUAUGGAUACAGAGAUAAGGCAAAGGACAAAUAUGAUGUGUUCUGCUUUACAUCCAACUACAAAGGACGCUUCUACUAUCUGAUUCACAUUAGAAAGCUGACCUAUGGCGAAGCUGUACAAGCCUGUAUUAAAGAUGGAUCAAGGAUUGCUAAAGUUGGCCAGAUGUAUGCAGCUUGGAAGUUGCUGGGCUACGACCGUUGUGAUGCGGGUUGGCUAGCUGAUGGCAGUGUUCGUUAUCCAAUCAGCAGACCCCGAAAGCGGUGCAGUGAAAGCGAGGCAGCCGUGCGCUUCGCUGGCUUCCCGGAUAAGAAACAUCGGUUAUAUGGUGUCUACUGCUUCAGAAGCAACUGAUAAUUCAUAUAAAAGCUUAGAUGAAGAUGAGUGUUAUUUUAAUUCUGCACAUGUGAAGGAUGUACUUUCAAUGAUAUGAACUCAAAACAUGUUACCAAAACUGUGAUAAAACUAUUUUUACUUACUGUAAAAUGCCAUUUUCAUACAAGCCAAAACAUUUUUUUCUUUGUUGUAAUGUAUCAUACAAUCAUUAAAUAUUAAAAAUAAUAUAAUUUUUAUAGGAAGUUAUACCAAGAGUUAGCACCAUUUUGCUUCUUUUUAAAGUAACAGUUAGCAAAAGCUACCCUAAACAUUGCUCUGACUGUCUAAUAGAUAGAAAUUACAUGAAUGGGUGAGGCAUGCCAUAGCAAGGCCUUAUUAAUAGUUGUAUGGACAUUCAAUUACAAAAUGGGCAUUUCUCAGGCAAUCUUUCAAUCAUUUUUUUCAAACAUACAAACAUUCAAAUGCAUCUCCUAAACUUUCUGAAUUGUAAUGUGCUUCUGACUGUGUUGGACAAAAUUUUGGAGAAACUUGAUGCUACACUUUAAAUUCCUGCAGCAUACUAUCAAUUUGUCCAAUACUUUUUAUAUCUUAUUUGGCUGCCAUUAAUGAUGCAUGCCUUUGCAAAACCAUUAGGUGUUGAACAAUUUAGAAAAAUCCUGCACCAUUUUAGUUUUGCCAGAUUUAGUGAUAUGUCAUACUUGAUGAAUUUGCUAGUUUUAUCCCUGAAAUUUAAUAGCAAUUAUCGUUUUCAAGAAAAUAGAAAAAAAAACUUGAUAUUGGACCACUUUUUUCAAUGGUGCUAUGUCGCUUUACACCAUAUUUGGUAGCAACAUUUUAAAGUCAGUAAAUAGUACUGUGUUGUACUAAGAUGUCAAUUUGAUAAACGAGGAAAAUUUGUUUAUCAAAGAUUUGUGGCUUUUUUUUAAGUUACCAAGAACGCUUUACGAAAUAGUAUUCAGGACUUAAGCCUUUUGCUGAGUCCUUUAAGUAAAUCCAAAGAAAAAAUUAGAAGAUGAGGCAAAAGAAAGGCUGCAUUACCAUAAUGAUCCUCAUUGUACCCACAGUAAAAUCUUAAAAUCAGCAUUAAAACUGCAAAACUGAACAUGUGUUACUAGGUAUAGGGCCAAAAAACACAAUUUUAUGGUGCCAUCACAGUUUAAUGUCAAAGAAAAAAAAUGUAAAUACAGGCCCAACAUGUAUUUCCUUUUGGCUAUAAUAGUUUUUAUCAAUAAAUUAUAGCAGCCUAAUUUCCAGAUUUCUGUUGUGAAGCACAACUGUUUGAUGCACACAUCAUA